AUGAGUGCUGUGCGACCGUUGGGGCGCUCAGCGCUUUUUCGUUCUAGACCCACGUGGCUGGUUGUUCCGGUUGUACAGAGAGUUCCUUAUGUGCGGUAUCAGUCUACUUCGAGCGAAGCACCAGCCACUGCAGCUCUCAGCCCAAGAUGGCUAUCCGACGUCCGAACACGCAUCGGGAAAUGCAUCAAUUUCGGAAUGAACCCCGCACAGAUUGAAGAAACUGGGUCGAUAUUACAAGAGACUGCGGUAGACUGGAGAGAACUUGUAGCUGGAAGCGAAGGCUUCCUCACAGGCAAGCAAUGGCGAGGUCUCUACCGACAAGAGGUGUCCCGACUGUGUGUAGGACAGCAUGAUGUGAAGGGUCACGUUAACAAUGUUAUGUACAACCGGUAUGCGGAAUCGGCUAGAGUCAACUGGACACUGAACUUCGCCGCAAUGGAUCCACAGCAUAAAGCUGAAUGGAUGGAGCUCAUGACCCCAAAGAGCGUCGGCUUGAUCUUGAGAAGCAUUAAGACGGACUACAAGUUUCCUAUGAAAUGGCCUGAUAGGAUUACCGUACUUCACAAGCUUCGGGACAACCCGUCUGAAAACAGUGACCACUUCAUCUUGGACGUAAUGAUCCUUUCAGAAGCACAGCGUCGUCCAGCAGCACGUUGUGUCGAAGACAUCGUUACAUACGACUACCGCACAGCUAAGAAGUCGCCUUUGCCACCUUUCAUGAUCAAGAAGUUACAAGAGACAUUCAAGUUACAGGAAGAAGCCAAAGAGAAGAACAGCAACAGAGUCAGAGUCCUGUUGGACAGAGUUAGGGAGCUAGAGAAGAGCAGCUGGGAUAGACCGGAUGCUAAGGAAGACUUUGGUAGCGCGAAUCAGUAG